CCAGGUUUACUGUCUGCGCUCUGGCGCUCGGGACGAGGUGAUGGAGACGGGGAGUUGUUUGUCUUUCUCUUCGCCCCAAAACAGGAUCACGGCUGAAAAAUCCCCUUGUUUGGAGCAUAAUUCCGUCUCUUUCUUUCAGUGUGAAGAUCUCCAAAAGUCCCUACAUCUUCCCCUAGCGCAGCGACUAGAGUUUUUUAACACACAGUCAAUGGGACGUUAUGCUGACGCCGGUUCUGCGGACUUUGCGCACGGUGUUACCGCAACUCCGCGCUCAUCGCCUGGAAAGCAUACAAAGUAUCUAGAAAAUAUGAACCAGGAGCAAAAGACCUUAUCGGUCAGUGAGAAGAAUUCGUCAUUUUACGAGAAUAAUUCCGAUGCAGGAGAUAAGCCCUUAUCCAAGACCCUUGGCUAUCCCACUCUGGACUCUGAGUGUUGCGGAAAAUUAAAAGAGCCGUCCAACGGAUUGACUGGAGACUCCAUCGCUGACUCCAUCGACCUUUCUGGCAUGAACAAGAAACGGCGAAACCGGACGACGUUCAGCACCUUUCAGCUGGAGGAGCUGGAGAAGGUCUUUCAGAAGACACAUUACCCUGAUGUGUAUGCACGGGAACAGCUGGCACUGAGGACGGAGCUCACAGAGGCAAGAGUGCAGGUUUGGUUCCAAAACAGACGGGCCAAAUGGAGGAAACGAGAGCGCUACGGGAAAAUGCAAGAGGUGCGAAACCACUUUGCUGCAACAUAUGAUAUCUCCCUUCUCCCUCGCUCCGACUCAUACCAGACGCAAAAUAAUUUAUGGCCAGGCAGCGUGGUAACGGGAGGUGCAGGCGGAGCAGGCACUAGCUGUGUCCUGGGAUCGGAAAACAUGGCGUCAUCCUGUAUGACCUCUUAUCCCCAUCCCCACAGCAACCUAACUGGGCUUAUGGGUAUGUCCGCAUCCCCAGGCCAUCCUCAUCAUUACCAUCACCAUCACCCACCCCACCACUCCAGCAUCAAUGGGAUAUACUCACUCCAUGGCUUCCCUGGAGGCCUGGGAUCCCAUUCCUUUGAACCAGGACCAGAGUCUGAAUUCAAACCCUCUGGCCUUGUGGCCCUGCGGAUGAAAACCAAAGACCCAGGCAGCUUGUUAUCCUGGCCAACAUGACCGUCAAGCUGCAGCGAUUGUAAUGGCAUCACUGAGCCAACAAACAGUUAGCAUGCCUGCACAUACAGGCAUAUACUCAUAAACGAAGAAUUGCACAAUGCUUUUUAACACUCAAUACACACCUCUUUUUUUGCAGACAAAGAUAUUUCUCUUUGUUUUAAUCUGUUUCCAUAUGGAAGCAUCUUGUUUGUUUGUGUGAGUAUAUUGUAACCCUGUGGGCCCCAAAGUCUUGGCACACAACUUGCCUUAAAGAAAUAUUUCACCCAAAAAUGAAAAUUCUCUCAUCAUUCACUCAUCCUAAUGCCAUCCCAGAUGUAUAUGACCAUUUUUCUUCAGCAGAACACAAGCAAAUAUUUUUAGAAGAAUAUCUCAGCUCUGUUGGUCCAUUCCUUGCAAUUGAAUGGUGGCCAGAGCUUUGAAGGUCCAAAAAGUAUAUAAAGGCAGCAGAAAUGUAAUCAAUAAAACUCCAGUGAUUAAAUCCAGGUUUUCAGAAGCUAUAUGAUAUGGUGUUGGAGAGAAACAGGGCAAUAUGUAGGUACAUAUUUUACUAUUAAUCUCGACUUUCAUUUUGACAUUCUUCUUCUUUUGUUUUAGUCUAUUCACAUUAUUCAUGCAUACCUACUGUGCAGAGAGUAAAAAAAGAACAUAAAUAUCAAUCAGUUUCUCACCCAAACCUAUCAUAUCACUUCUGAAGACAUGGAUUUAAUCACUGGAGUUGUAUGGAUUACGUUUAUGCUGCCAUUAUGUGCUUGCAUUUUCUGGAUUUACAGAGCUGAAAUUUUCUUCUAAAAUAUUGUGUUUAGCAGAAAAAAUAAAGUAAUUCACAUCAGGGAUGGCAUGAUGGUGAGUAAAUUAUGAGAGAAUUUACAUUUUGGGAUGAAUCAUCCCUUUAAUGUAAAAUUUUACAAACAUUUCUUGAAUACUGAAUUUUGCAAAAACAGUGUAAUAUUAAUUACCAAAGAAUAUGUGCAGCGUGUUUAAGUAUGUUAAUGACAAUCUCAUAGUUUCAGUGUAUGCAGACAAGUGUUUUAGCCCCAUUAUGACAGUCAAUAAAUGAUUUUACAUUUCCUGACUUUGUGCAUUCAAAUACAUCACCACUAACGAUCCACAAUAUAUUGUUGUGCCAGUUAUAGCUAGAUAAAUACUUUACAUUUUGGAUUAAAUGUUUUUUUAUUUGAGAGAGGAAACAGAUAUAUUGUAUUACUGUAUUCUAAUCUCUCACUCUGUGCCAUUGUAAAAUGCUGUAAAGUCUGUCAAGUGUCACUCAAUGCAUCAGAAGCACAUGCCAGCCCUGCUAAUAUAAAACCAACUGAGCAACCAAAAACCCCUCACUAUUGAACUGAUGAUGGAUUCCAAGGCUCUCCAUCACACCCACCAACCAUAGGUCUGGUGUCUGACAACAGGGGCAGAACCACAAAUCAUGUUAUGAGUCAACUUACAUGCUAUGAUCCAAUGGUUUUGACCAAAAAUCUAAACAAAUAUUGAAAAGCACUGCAGACGCAAGGCUCUGGUGGAUGCAAUACAGUGUUUAAGGAAAUAAAGUGUUACCUAACUGU